GGUGGGAGUGUCUUUCAUGAAUACGUAGCAUGGCUGCCAAAGGAAAAGGAGAAGGGGGGAGAAGGAGCCUGAAUUUCAAUGUGGGAAUACUAGGUCACAUUGACAGUGGGAAAACCUCUUUAGCCAAAGCCCUCAGCUCAGUUGCGUCCACUGCCUCUUUCGACAAAAACCCCCAGAGCAGAGAAAGAGGGAUCACUCUGGACCUCGGGUUUUCCUCAUUUUCAAUGCCGGUUCCUGCUCAUCUUGAAGGUACGUCGAGCAGUCUAAAACAGACAGACACCUAUGGAAUGAAAGCAGUGUGUGUUUGGCGAGCGAAUGCGAGAGUAACAGGCAUGUAACGACUGCAAAUUUUCAGGGGGAGGAUAUGAAGAUGUGCAGGUAACACUGGUGGACUGCCCUGGACAUGCUUCACUUAUUCGGACCAUCAUUGGAGGUGCCCAGAUCAUAGACUUCGUGAUUCUAGUGGUCGAUAUCACAAAAGGCAUCCAAACCCAAACUGCUGAGUGUCUGGUGAUAGGAGAGAUCACCUGCAGUCAUCUGAUGGUAGUACUCAACAAGACGGACCUCACUGAGGAGAGCAAGAGGGACGCACACAUUUCAAAGAUGACAAAGAGGAUAUCAAAGACUCUGGAGUCCACUGCCUUCUCUGGGGCUCUAGUGGUGCCAGUGGCCGCCAAGCCAGGCGGCCCAGACGCCCCUCCCUCCCAGACAGCUCACGGUAUUGACAACCUUGUCCAGGUGCUGUCGUCAAAGGUGUUUGUACCGGAACGGUCCGCGAGUGGGCCGUUUGUGUUCUCUGUGGACCACUGUUUCCCCAUCCGUGGUCAGGGUACGGUCAUGACCGGCACGGUACUCAGUGGAUCCGUGGCACUCAAUGACACUAUUGAGAUUCCGUUCCUGAAGGUUACAAAGAAGGUCAAAUCGAUGCAAAUGUUCCACAAACCGGUUCAGACUGCCAUGCAGGGAGACCGCGUAGGAAUAUGUGUGACUCAGUUUGACCCAAAGCAAGUGGAGAGAUGUCUAGUGGCCGCUCCUGGCUAUCUCCCCACUCUGGAGGCCGGAAUUGCUCAGGUUCACAAAGUGUCAUAUCACAAGUUCCCGUGCACAACUGGAGCAAAGUUCCACGUUACUAUUGGGCACGAGACUGUCAUGGGAAAGGCAACGUUCUUCAGUGGACCGCUGCCAGUGAACAGAGAGUUUGACUUGGAGGCAGAGUACCCCUUUCUUGAGGAGCUACCUGACAGCAAGACAAAGGUGGCCGAAGCGAAGGCAGGCUCUGAUAAGGAGGCAGCAGAAGGACAUGGUCACAGGGAGAGAGAGACAAACUCAGAGCCAGCCACACAGGAGAGUCACUAUGCUCUGCUGGAGUUUGAGAAACCGGUGACUUGUCUACCAGACUCCAUCGCUAUUGGUUCCCGACUGGACACUGAUGUCCAUAUCCACCGCAGUCACUGCUGUAGCUAUACAUGAUGCAGUAGAUCACUCCACAUACACUGGCAUAACAGCAGUGCUAUAUAUAAAUCACCAGCCUUUGGUCAAAUCCACCACACUCACUGCUUUAGCCGAAGCACACUACUUCAUGUAACGUAACAGUGCUAGAAAUCACCAGCCUUUGCUGCACAAUAAAUUAUGGUAAACUUUAUAAAGUGAAGUGGUCCCAUUGCAGUUAGAGUGUGCAUCUUUUGAUCCAAGUUUUGCAUCAAUUCAGUCGACACAAAACUCAUCCAUAAUUAUGGUGGAUUCCUUAGCAGACUCUAUUCACAUAGCAAUAUUUGUCGGAUUGCCUUCCACGGAGUGUUGGUCCACACCAUGAGGGAGAGGGACUACGCCUCGAGUGUCCUCCCACGGAUCAAGGUCUUCAAACUCAAGUUCAGACAAGGCAUCGUUGAGAGGAUACACGAUGAGAGGUCAGUGAUUGGGAAGAGUCUGUUCAAGAAGGAGACCAACAUACAGCCAUUUGUGGGGCUCCGAGUCCAACUGUCAACAGGGGAAGUGGGUACGAUUGAGGGCAGUUUUGGAGCCAGUGGAAAGUUCAGAGUGGCAAUCCCAGAGGGUUUGAAAGAAACAACACAGCAAAUCUUGGCUGCUGCCAGCAGAAAGAAAGGCAAAGGGAAAGCUGCAGGUGUUCAAGACGAUGCAACAGGUGAACCGGUGAAGAUCACACUCACAUUCAGAAAGUACAUAUUUGAUCCUCACAAACGAAUGCUCCAGUGAUAGCCAAUAUAAUCAUCAUUAUUUUUUAUG